AUGGCUGUCAGAUAUAGGCCACUGUUGCUCCUUCUGGCAGCCUUGUGCUUGGCGAUUUGCAGACAAAUCAUAAACCCAAGUAGUUCCAAUUAUCAUUUCCGUCAGUGGCGGCCUGGAUUCAGUCGCUCUACUUCGCUUGGUUCAUCGAAUUGCCUCCAGGAGCUGAGCAAGUCUUUGGAGCUGCCGUUCUUCGUACGUUAUGGAGACCCGCAACGUUUGAAAACUUCUAAGUUGGGGCUGCAAGCAGCUGCGCGAGACUGGCGACAAGGAGAAUCCAAAGCAUUACUUUCUGCUUUGGAAAAGGAUGAGGAUGGCGUGGUUUUGCUCGCACACCAUGCAGAUGAUCAGGUGGAAACGCAACUGUUGAAGCUUCUGCGUGGUGGACACUUGGCCCGGCUGGGUGGCAUGCGUGCCCGAGAAGGACCCUUUGCAAGGCCUCUGCUCAGCACUCGGAAGGACGAGCUGAAAGCUUUCCUGUGCGAAGAAAACCAGUCGUGGAUGGAAGACGCUUCCAAUGCUCAGCCAGUCUACCAGCGGAAUCGUGUGCGCUUGGAGCUGGUGCCAAUGCUUGUGGAUCUCUUGGGUGGAAAAGAUGCAUUGCACAAUCGGUUUCAGGAAAUUGCCCAGCAAAGUGGACAGCUUUCCUCUCUUUUGGAGGAGUUGUGUGAGCAGAACCAUGGUCCAGAAUACUCAUCGAAUGCCAAACAGGGCACGAAACAUGCUCCAGGGUACGAAGUCCCAUUGGCUUUCUGUCUAGACGUGUCAUCCUUCCAGGAUCUUCCGGAGAUGGUCCAAUAUGAAUUCGUUUGGCGUUUUGUGUCAAACGCAUGCGGUGCUAUGCUGAGCCAUUCAGCUGUCGGGAGUAUUGUGCGAAGUAUUCUGAGCGACCAGAGAGCAGUGCCCUUUACUUGGCUUUUAGGUUCUGGCUGGGAGCUGAAGCAAAAAGGAUCUCAGCUGCUGGUUCUGAGAAAAGAUCAACACAUCUGUGAGCGGACAUGGAAAGUUAUGGAUCUAUUCAUCGUUCAUUCUUCGCCGUUGCAUAUCUCCAUGCAGCUGGAGCGGAGCAACGAGAGUUUCAAUGAGAGUGUCAAUGGCAUGAGUGUCAAUGAUAGUUUUGAAAGCAAAAUGAUUCUUCAUGGCGUUGCCAAUGGAAGCACUAUUACACUUCGGGGUGCACAACCUGGCGACCAUGUUUGCCCCCGGCUGGGGUCACGAGCCAUCAAACUGACAUCUUUCCUCCAUCGUGAACUGGGAGUAGUUCCGAGUGCAAGGCCCAAUUGGCCAGUCAUCACAAUCAAAGCCCCGGGAGGUGAGGAAGUGAUCGCAGCCGUGCUCCCAGAUCGCGUAGCAGGCGGUUUCCAAGUCAGGGCCAGACAAACUGCUGGAGCAAACCGUUCAACUGGGCCGAGUGAGCUGCCUGCAGUCGUCUCUUUGAGUUGGAGUCAGAGCUGGCCGGGCCUGGAAAAAUCAGUGCUGUAG